AUGUGGCGCCUCUUCUCCCUCCAGAGGCCCAACCCCAGGCCCCCCCAGGCUCCCGAGGCCCCCGCAGCAGCACCCGAGGCCCCCGAGGCCCCAGCGGCAGCACCAGAGCCCCCCGAGCCUGAAGAGGCCCCAGAGGCCCCAGAGAUUCCCCAGGCCCUAGACACUACCCCCCUGGAGUUCUCCAAUGGAGAAAACCCUCCCCAGGCCCUGGCGUUCUCCCCCCAGGCCAAACGCUGGGCACCAGGUCCUCCUGCAGACGAGGGACCCUCAACAAGGAUCGAAGAUAUAAACCAGUUUGUGCGCAAUGUGACCUUUACCACUUUUUCCAAUGACACCCACUCCUUCGACAAAUACGGGGACCCGCCGGCACGGUUUGACAUUAUAAAGUUGCUUUUCUUACCGGGGGAUCGUUCUGUUAUAACAAAAGUUGGAAACUUCAAUGUAUCAGACCACGGCACACAAUUUUAUAUCAAUAACAGCGCUGACUUGUGGGGCCCACACUUCAACAUGCUAAAUAAAUUUGUUCGUAAUGUGAACUUUACCACUUUUUCUGGUAACACCCACUCCUUCAACAAAUACGGGGACCCGCCAACCCCUCAGUCUCUCUGCAAUGAACCUUGUGCCCCGGGAUAUAGAAAGGCUAAAAGAGAAGGGGCACCAUCUUGUUGUUAUGACUGUGUCUGGUGUGUAGAUGGGGAAAUAUCCAACACAUCAGAUGCUCCAAAGUGUUUCAAAUGCUCUGAAUACCAAAUGUCCAACAUAAGGAGAACUGGUUGUAUUUCAAAAACUGUAAACUUCCUUUCUUACAAAGACACCCUGGGGGCCAGUUUGGCUUCCAUUGCCUUGGUGCUCUUCCUCACAACUUCUGCCGUUCAGGGAAUUUUCGUGAAAUAUUGGGAGACUCCUAUAGUGAGAGCCAAUAACCAAAAUCUCAGCUGUCUCCUCCUCAUCUCUCUCAUGUUGUGUUUCCUCUGCACUUUAUUAUUCAUUGGGCGCCCAACUCAGAUAUGUUGUCUCCUCCGACAAGUAACAUUUGGGAUUGUAUUUACUAUUUCUGUUUCUUCUGUGUUGGCUAAAACUCUCACAGUUAUUAUUGCCUUCAAUGCCACAAAGCCUGGGAGCAAGCUGAAGAAGUAUGUAGGAACCCAACUGGCCAUCUUAUUAGUCCUUAUGUGUACUUUGGGUAAAAUUGGAAUCUCAGUUGUGUGGAUGGUCUCAAAUCCACCAUUCCUGGAAGCUGAUACGUUUUCUGAAAUGGACACCAUUAUUCUACUGUGCAAUGAAGGAUCAGUCACUUUCUUCUUCUGUAUAAUUGGAUAUAUAGGAACGUUGGCCCUACUGAGUUUCAUUGCUGCAUUUCUAGCCAAGGAUUUCCCUGACCGAUUUAAUGAGGCUAAAAACAUCACUUUCAGUAUGUUGGGGUUCUGUAGCGUGUGGGGGGCAUUUGUCCCUGCAUACCUGAGCAGUAAGGGCAGUAGAAUGGUGGCAGUUGAGAUAUUUGCCAUCUUGGCCUCCAGUGCUGGAUUAUUGGCCUGUAUAUUUGUUCCUAAAUGCUUUAUUAUUUUUUUUAGACCUAAACUAAACAAAAGAGCAAAUGUCCUAAAGUAG